CUCCACAUUCCACUCGGAGCUUUCUUCUCCGGGCCUACAAACUUCAGUUACUGCUUGAAACUCUCCUGCAGUUGUGCGUCCCUGAAGGCCCUCUCUGCAACUAUCUUAUCAUAUCAAUCGUAUCAUUCUCACCCCACUGUUUUGCGAAACCUUGCAUAAUGUCUUCUCGGGACAAUGACGUGAUAAUGGUGGCAGACGAUGGACCCAGUCAACGACAACCCAGGUCGUUAGCAAAAGCGUGUACGGCCUGUCGGACCAAAAAGAUCCGUUGCGACGCUGCAAGGCCUGAAUGUGGAAAUUGUGUCAGUCAGAAACGCGAAUGUGUCUAUCGGAGAGAAACUCCACGAAAACGACCUACGUUUUCUCAGAUUGGCAAAUUGCAACGGGACCUGGCAACUCUUAAAGUGUUCCUGUUGACUCUCAAGAGAAGUAGUUCAGAGGAACGUGAGAAACUACUCAACGCAGCCGUUGAUGAAGAUGGGGCUGUCAGCUUGCUAGACUCUACUGAGACUGGCCCUGCAGAAGAGGCUUCAUCACGAAAGGUCACAAGUCAACCUAUCGAGAGAAAUGCCACUACACCAAUAGUUUCAUCAGAUGACGAGUUAAACAUUGCCAACUUCAUAUCUGUCGAUGAUGCUGGCACAACAAACAGCUUCGGUCCAUCAUCUGCUUUACACAAUCCUGCAAGGAAUGUUACAGAAACACCAUCAUCUCACCAAGCAACGUCAUCAGAACAUGUCAAGAAUGAACUGAUAGCCAAUGCCGCUUUACAAAGACACCUCGAGCACCAACUUACCAGACAUGCAACAAUUGCUGGAGAGCCAACAGAACUUGCACUUCAUCUCCUAAAUUUGCACUGGGCUCGUCAGCAUCACACUUUUCUUCUCACAUAUCGGCCGGCUGUCAUGCGGGACUUGGAGUGUUCCGGACCGUACUGCUCCGCUUUCAUGCUCAAUGCGAUAUUCGCAUGCUGUAGCAAGUUCUCUCCGCGACCUGACGUUAGGGACGACCCAGACGAUCCAUCCAGCGUUGGCCGUCGUUUUUUCAAGCGCUGUGAUGAGCUUCUUAGCAGCGACUCUCUCCUCACUAGACCACAUAUCUCAACGAUCGUGGGACUUGUCCUCCUGGGCUCGACGUAUAAUGCUCGCGGAGAGACGUCCAAAGGCUGGCUAUAUACAGGAUACGCAUUACGAAUGGUUUAUGAUCUUGGUCUUCAUCUUGAUCCAAAGCAGACAACAGACAACCCCGAAGAAAUUGAGAUCCGGCGACGGGUUUUCUGGGGCGCUUUUGUCUGCGAUAAACUCCAGAGUCUCUAUAUGGGUCGCCCAGUGGCUAUCAAUCUACGUGACUCGCAAGUCUCUCGCGAGUUUCUCGACAUGUAUGAAGAAAUGGAGCCAUUUUAUCCUUCGACGUUGGUCACAGGCUGCUCCUCAUCUGGUCUUGGUGGAAAUAUGGCUGGUGCAAUCCCCAGACACUCUGUUUCAACGUUCCAGCAGCUGUGCCUUCUCUCGAAGAUAAUGACGACAAUAAUUAAUCGCUUUUAUGUGGUUGGGGCCACGUUCUCAAAUGCUCAGAUCGAUCUCCACAAGAUUGAGCAAGCCUUGCAGGGAUGGCGAGACAAGCUACCAUCAGAGCUAGAUUUUCAGCCAUGGUUAUCAACUAGCGCUACGAUUCAAACUCCAAAUAUCAUGGUCCUUCAUAACGUCUAUCACUCUCUUAUCAUUCUUGUUCACCGGCCUUUCAUCUCAGAUGGUCAUCUUCGAUCGACUGUCACGUCAGGUCGGUCAUGGGAGCAAUGCACCAUUGCAGCAAGAUGCAUCACUAGCAUAUCCUCGGUCUACAAGUCGACCUAUGGACUAAAUGGGGCUCCUUAUGUAUUGGCGUAUACGGUAUAUGUGGCGUGUACGAUACAUGUCCGUAAUGCAGCUUCUCAGAUCCAGACAGUCGAUCAUUUAGCGAUGCUCAAGUCCAGUCUGGAAUGCCUGGAUGAACUAUGCACAGCGAACCCCGGUGUCGCAAAACCGGCAAACAGUAUCAGGCGCUUAAUUGGGGCUAACCGGUUGAAUUUGGUGACGGAAUCAAGUUCUGUCAGGCAAAGCGACCUGUCGUUUGACUUGGAUACAAUUCAGAGCACGUUUUCUGUUCUUGACUGGUCAAACGCGGGAUCCGAUAUGUUUCCCAUGGGGGAUUUCGAGUAUGGUCUGCCCAUUGAUCCCUUGUUUGGCUGGAUAAACGUCGCAACUCCGUCGCUGGAUGAAGAGGCACCAUCUGUGAGCAAUACUCAGUUACUCCAUCGACCAUACCGAUAAGGAAGAACCACGUUUCAAGAGCAGCUAUAUUUCACUGAAUUUUCUUUUCAGCCCUGCUGUGUUUCAUAUCCAUUGACUCAGCGAUCUAUGUACAAUUAAGGCGCGAGCAAGAUAUAGGACCCAUAGGGUCUGAUGAAAGAGUUGAUUCCAACGACAUAAUUAUUAAAAUCUGGUUCUGAAUAAUAAAGGAGCUUAGCUUUCAUCCAAAGCACUGACUGUUCCGAG